GCUAUCUUAGCAUGACAGAGAGACACAAAAUAUUUGAAGCUGGGCUAUGCCAAAAUGAGCAUCAGGUGUACUUACAGAAGCCUUUUUCCCUAAAUUGAGAGACUACAGCUGGUUUGUAUUUUUUUUCUUUUUUUCUUCUCCAUGCAGGACAUGACAGGUAGAAUAGAAUCCUGUGCUUCAGGACAAUUACCAAUGACCAGCCUCAACUGCCUUUUCUAUGCACUGGAAGAAUGGACUGUUGUGGAGUUCCUGAAGAAAUACCUUCUUCAUGUGAUCAUUGGCUCACUGACAAUUAGUGCAAUAUUAGUUUUUUUUAUAGUUCCUUUAACAAUUGUAUUUUUCAUUUACCUUACUAAUAUUUUGCUUUUCAUAUAUCAGAGGAACAAUGAGUUAAAAGCAGAUCCCUUGAGUGAUGUUUGGAAUAGAGUAAGAAAAACUAUAGCAACUUUUUGGGAUAUAUAUGCAAGAAUAUGGCAUGGUUAUGAGCUUCAUGGUGUGGGAAACCUCCCAGAAGGACCAGGCAUUCUUGUGUACUACCAUGGAGCUAUUCCUAUAGACUACCUUUACUUUUUGUCUAGGCUGUUUCUGUGGAAAAAAAGACUUUGCCUGUCAGUAGCUGAUCAUUUUGUGUUUCGUUUACCAGGACUGAAAUUAUUGUUGGGAGUGACGGGUGUUAUACCAGGUACCAGGGAGGAGUGUCUUGCUGCACUGAGGAAUGGAUACUUGGUGUCCAUCUCACCGGGUGGCGUUCGGGAAGCCCUGUUCAGUGAUGAAAGUUAUCAGCUCAUGUGGGGAAAUCGAAAAGGCUUUGCUCAAGUUGCUCUAGAAGCAAAAGUGCCCAUCAUUCCAAUGUAUACUCAAAAUGUCCGUGAAGGCUAUAGGAUGUUUAAAGAAAGAAAGUUUGCUUUUCAGACUUUUGCUAACUUUGGAUUCUCUAAACUUGCUGUGGGAUUUUUUAGACAGUUAUAUGAAAGCACUCGAUUGCCUUUUACUCCUCCAUAUGGAGGACUUCCAGUUAAAUUUCGCACAUACAUUGGGAAGCCAAUCCCUUACGACCCAAAUAUAACUACAGAGGAAUUAGUUGAAAAGACAAAGACUGCUGUCCAGGCUCUCAUAAGCAAGCACCAAACAAUCCCAGGAAACAUAUGGAAGGCUUUACUGGAGAGAUUUGAUAAACGCCGUAAAAGUGAUUAG